GUGUAUCCCAUUGGUGCAAAGCACAGAAUGAAUUCUUCAGAGAUGAAACAGAUCUCAGUUUCUUCUCCACUUACUUGCAACAUCAGUGAAAACUAUUCUCCUCCAAACCUCAUGCAAGCAGAUGUCCACACUGUCAACUGGCAAAGGCCAUCUAUAAGUGAAGAGAGCUUUACCUCAAGUCUGAAUGACUCCCAAGAGUCUGACUCUGAAAGCCUUGUUCGAGAGACACAGUACCAGUUGGAGCUCCAGAGGUGGAUUGAUGAAAAUGAAGAGCUGGUAGAACUGUGUUCAGAUGAGUUGGAGAAUGACAGCUUAGAAGGAGAUAGCUUGGAGGAGAUGAUUCUAAAAGAAGGACUUGGGGAUGACACAGGUCGAUGUACCACUGGAAUACAAAAGAAUAAUGGUGAUGGAAGGAAACAUCAGGCUGUGGACAAAUAUUUCAGCCUAAGAUACAACCCUAACUGGAAGAACACAAAAGAGGUAGCAGAAUUUUCUGAGGCAGAACGAGCCUGUCAGGUUGCUGGAGGGAGCAGCAUGGACGUUGCACAGGAUGCAUUUUACCUCCAUGCCAAUGACUGCUCAGAGGGAAAGAAUCAACAGGAGGCAAAGGCACAAGGUACAUUCCCAAAGUUUGGUACAAAAUUGCCAAGCUUCCCUAAAACCAAUGCUGUGGGCAGCGAUGCUCCUUUUGAGCUGCAUAGCAAAGGGAAGGGAUCUGCAGCUGGGUGUCACUUCAAAGCCAGCCCAAAUGCUUUGGCUCUUCAGGCUCAAGAAGGUCGACCACAAAAGGCAAAAAAAAACUUUGUGGAAAAAAACAAACAGACCUUGGGAUUCUCUUCAGAGAAGAGAAAUUCUUAUCUUCAGCUGCACAGUAAGAGGCAACAAGUUCUCCAAGAGCAGGAUCACCAAAAUAAGUCCUCCUAGAGAAAUAAAACCAAGCCCAACCAGAGUCUCCAAGAGAGAGCUUUCCCAAGGAAUGAUAGGCAACAACCACCAAGAAGAUGAGCAAAACCAAAGUCUUGCUACCACCAAAUAUCAGAAUUCCAGGCUGCUCCCAUGCAGGCAGUGGAGCAAGACAACAGCAGCACGCUGCAUAAAUGGCUGGGAGCAGGUCCUUCUGUUGGCCUGGACUCUCAUACAGCAGCAAAUUCAGAUUCUUGCCUAAAUAAUUUCCCCAGUUUUGUUAAUCAGGGUUUCACCACAUCUACCUAUCCUUUUCAGCCAACACCACAGAAAUUCAACCCAGCCGAGGCUGUAUCUUCAACAUACACCAGCGAGGAGAACACGAAGUACCGUCAUGGUUCUCCAAAUGGACUUCCACAUGACCAGCUACAUUCAUACAGCCAUGGCACUCUGCAGCCUUCUGCAAGAGGUGACAGCAACAAUGGCCAAGCACAUCCAAAUCAGAGGAAUAUUCCAUCUGCUUUUAAUGCAAGCUUCCAAGAAUUACUGAUGGACCAAGUACCACUUCAGGAUUGCAAGAGACAUAUCUGUGUGGAUAAAAGGUAUCAGAACGAUGCUAGAAGUGGUUUAGGCAUACCAAGAGCCCCUUGUGCAGCCUCCCUUUUUGCACAAACCUGGGAGCAACAUCACCAGGAGAUCAGUCAUGUGGCAGCAGCUCACCUGGCUGACAGGCACAUGUUCAGCCUCCUUCCACCCAUAGUCCCACAGGCAGAAAAUGGUUCAGAGCUUGAUCCAGAGAGUGGGGGAGGAAACCAAGUGCCAAUGAGCCGAAGCAACUCAGAAGGGCAUCUCAUGCAAAUGGAAAAGCAAAACCAGCCUAAAGUCAGCAAGAAGCCACAGAGCUCAAAGGCCUACAUAAAUCUGAAUGUGAAGCUUGGAGGCCUUGGACCUGACUAUGAAGCAAUCAAAGAGAAAAAAGAGAAGUUAAAGCAACUAAAGGAAUAUGCAAAGCAAAUUAAGCAACACAAUAUGAAAAGCAUUGCUUUGGCUCAGAGGUUACCUGCAAAACCCCAGGCUGUAUCUUCAGUGUCAAGGCAGAAGGCACUGGAGUAUGCCAAGACGAUUCCUAGACCAAAGACUUUCAUGGCAAGGCAGUCAGAUGAAGAGGUGAGAGAGGAAAGAGCUCUGCUCUCUUUUAAUGAAGACAGCUUACCUCAAAUUGCAUCCUUGGAAGCUUUGUGGCAUCGACACGAGAAGGAGAAGCAAAUCGUAGCUGCUUUCAGAACCCUUCACAUCUUAUAA